UAGUUCGAUGAUCGAACUACGAAAUUGUGCUCAUAUAAGUUAAUUUCAAUUAAUAUUUUCCAUCAUAUGCAAUCAAGGCCAGAUAACUAUAAUAUAAUAACUAACCCGGAUACGGAGAAAUUUCCUUAAAAUAAUAAAACGAGGUCAUAAAAAACUAUGAAUUUCAUUCUAGAAACAUUUGCUUCAUAUUACAUAUCCACUUAUAAUCUAAAAUAUUAUGUAUAUGAUUUGAUAUUGGAAAAUAAAAGGGGAUAUUUUCCAGUUUUAUGAAUCUAUAAGGAAUUUGAAUGUUUUACUAUUUUCUAUAAAAAAGAAGAAGCAAUAUAACCUAUAAUACUACAUGUGUAUUAUAAGAAAAUAAAUUGUUAAUAUCAAUCACUAACCUAAAUAAUUUCAUUGUUAAAAGAAAUUUAAUUUUGACUUAGGCUUCAAUCGAAUCAAUUCAGUUAGAAUUAGUUAGGAUAGACAAUAAAGGAAUACUAAUUCAUUGAAUAUAAUAACUAAAGAUGGUUAAAGUAAAGAAGGCUGAGGCCCAAUCUAAAAGUAUUUCGAAGUUUGGAAAAAAGUCGAAAAGUAUUGUCCAUUCAAAUAAAUCUUCAAAGAUACUUACAAAGGCAAUUACUAGUGUUUUACCUACUGUUUCAAAAUUGAAAAACAAGAAAACCUUGGAUAAUUUUAAUGUAACAGUUGCUGAUGAACUUUCAUCACUUAAGCAAAAGUCUAAGGUGAAGAAAUCACAGCCAAAAACCAAAUUAAAAAAAACAGAUUGUGACCCAAUUGCCGAAACUUUCAAAGAAAAAUAUAACAUAAAUAUUGAGGAUAUUAAAAGUGCUGUACAAAGUGUGAUUCAGUUACAUUUGAAUAACCCUAAACUUAAAAAACAACUAUUUGGAACUGAACGUUUUUCUAUAGAUUUAAGUAUAAAUUGUCUCAGAAUUCCUAGCGGGCACCCAACUAUAUUAAGGAUACCUUUAAAAAAUACUUUAAUCACACCAGAAGACGAAAUAUGUCUCAUCGUAUCAGAAGUGAAAGGUAUUGGUAAUAAAGAGCAUGAAAAACACAUUGAACAUUAUGAAGAAUUGCUCUCAAGAAAAGGUGUUACAAAUAUUAAUAAAAUCAUGACGGUACAUGAGCUCAGAACAGAAUACGAAACAUUCGAACAGAAAUCAAGAUUAGUAGACUUGUACGACGCAUUUUUAGUCUGUGGAAAAGUCAGUGGUAGAGUCGUGGGAAUGUGUGGAAAAAAGUUCUACAAAAAAAGAAAAGUACCUACUGCAGUUAAAUUACAAAGUAACUACUUAAAAGAACACAUAGAUAAACAGCUAUCAAAGUCGUUCUGCCAUUUGCACUUGAAAGGAGAUUGCUAUAAUGUUCGAGUUGGGCAUAGUAAAAUGGAAGUGCAACAGAUUGUUGAAAAUGUUAUCUCGGUUGUAGAAUAUUUAGAUGAAAAAUUUCCAGGCGGUUUUGAAAAUAUAAAAGGUUUACACAUUUCAGCCGAGAGAUCUACUUCUAUUCCCAUCUACAUGUCCAUAAAACAUCCUAAACAUAUACCUAAAGUGAAAGUUAAGAAGUCCAAUCAAAAGUUUGUUCCAAAAGUAGUCGAAGGAGAACUAUCUACACAGCUCAACGCGAAAGUUCUUGUAAUGCCUUCUGGUAGGGUUAUUGUUAAAAAGAAAAAACAUAGAGUUAAUGCUGAUAAAUAAAUUUGAUUAUUUUUAUUUAAUUAUUUUACAUUUCGAGAAUGAAAAAUAAAUCGAGGAUCACCACUGUAGUAGCUAAGAGUAUUCUUCUUUUAAAUACACUACAAGAGUAAUGAGAAAUUGGGUCUUCUUUUAAAGACAUUUUUUCUCUCUUUCAAUUCUGUUUACAAUAAAAAUGUUUCAAGUAUUUAUUACUUGAUUUUAUUUUCAAAUAAUUCUUAUUUUCAUUUGAGCAACAUCGUCUUGUAAAUAAUAUAGAUAAAAUUUUACUGGUACA